AUGCGAGACGAGGGGAGAGCUGUUCAGGAGGGGGAGGAGCAUGAUCAGCAGGGGGAGCAGCAGGGGGAGCAGCAGGAGGAAGCAGAAGCAAAAGCAGAAGCAGAAGCAGAAGCGGCGAAAACAAAACUUAACCUGCCCGCCGACGUGCUAACCGUUGCAGCCACUGCUCUUAUAGUGCGAGCACUCACUGCAGGAUACACCAUCAUAUGGUCCAAACUGAUAAAUAGCUACAAGUCUAGCAAUGACCUGCUGUGCGAUGAAGAAAGAUGCACUUUGUGGAAUUAUUUAAAGUGCUUUUCUUCCUGGGACGGGGAGUAUUUUUUACGCUUAUCAUUAAACGAAACAGAAUACCUGUACGAGCAGAACCAUGCCUUUUUCCCUGCACUGCCGUUAGUAGUAGGUUACUUAAAAAGACUGCUGAAGGGUGGAUUCCCCAAUGUGAGUGCCUGCUCGAUGUAUGUGCUAAUCGCUAUAAUUGCCAACAUUUUUUUGUUUGUUCUUUCCGCCAUUGGGUUGUACCUAUUUGUGUUUACUACUUCCCUCAGUGUAAGGGCAACACAUAUGGGUGCGUCUUCCCCAGAGGUGAGCUUCAAGGGGGAAAGGAGUGAAAAUGGCGCAAAGAGUGAAAGGAGUGAAAAAGGCGCAAAGGGUGAAAGGAGCGCAAAGAAGAAGGCCAACUACACGCACAAUGCUAAAAGUGUAAAGGACUGCCGUCGGCUGAGCUUCAUGGCUGCUCUUCUGUUCACGUUCAACAUAGGGAACAUACACAUGAGCAGUUUUUACAGCGAAGGUUUCUUUAGCUGCCUAUCCAUUUGGGGAUUCACCUUUUUGCAGUGGUCCGUGAAUGUCAACAAGGGGAGCUCCGCUUUUUUCGAGCUGUUAGCAGUUGUGUCCUUUUCGGUUGCAUCCUUCUUCAGAUCCAACGGGAUUUUAUUUUUAAUUCCCCUUUUCGUGCACUGUCUGAGAACAUGUGCAUUUUGUGUGCACUGCGCAGGGGUGGUAUCUCUUGGGCGGGAACCACACAGAAGAACAGACGGAGCGCAGCUGUUGAGCCACCCCUCAGAGGGAGAGCAGCUAUUGAGCCACUCCUCAGACGGAGCGCAGCUAUUGAGCCACCCCUCAGACGGGGCGCAACUGUUGAGCCUCUUCUCAGAAAAACGAGUCUUCUUGAAGUUUGCCCUCCACUGGGGAAAGGCACUGCUCGAAGCAGCACUCGUGGUCCUACCGCUUCUCACCUUUCAAGCCUACGCCUACUACUUGUAUUGUGUGGAGGGAUAUGAUAACCCGUGGAGAGAGAAACACAAAAAAUUUCACAACUUUUUUUUAUCCUUUUGGGCAAACCCCCUUGAGUAUGCAAACGGGUCGAGGUACACCCAUAGACAAGACCAACUGAUGAUACGUAGACCAUGGUGCGAGAAAACCAUCCCAUUUAUUUACAAUUACAUUCAGGAUAAGUAUUGGGACGUUAAGUUUUUAAAAUUUCUUCGAUCACCCAGUGGCAAUGUGUUGUAUGCAUUGCCUGUUUAUUUCAUGUCGUUUCAUGCCGUGCACCACUUUUUAAGGCACCCGACAUUCACCGGGGGUCAGGCUCCUUUUUUUCUGUUUAGUCCCUUCCUCGGGGAGGUGCUCCACCUGGGCGUUUUGUGCCUCUACCU